AUGCUGCUCAAGCAAGACCAAAUGCCGAAAAUUGUCGGAGUGCAGCAAAAAGAUAUUGUCGCGCUGACAGAGAUUUCAAAACAAGCCGAAAUCAUCAUCCAGAACGACAUCAAAAAUGCCCAAAAAGAUGUCAUCAAGUUCUCAACAGCUGCUCAAGAAUUACGUGAUUUCGUCCUGACGAACGAAGAUUCUGACCCUCUACUCGUCUGUCCUCAAGUCAAUCCUUUCAAAGGAGCAACUUUAGCUGAGAGAAUGGCAAAACUCUGCAAAUAA